CGAGGCAAUGUGCUGCUGGAGAGGGGCUGCGCCGCCUGCGAUGGGGGCUGCGCCGGGCCUGCUCCGGAGUCUGCUCUUGCUCGGGCUUCCCAUCUAGAAAGUGAUGCUCGGACCCCCCUGGCUCUGGGAACCUCUGUGGACCUGCUGGGCUGGAGGGCGGCACAUGGGUCACCUCUGCUGGCCCUCACCACCUCUGUCUCGGCAGCUGAGGCCUCCGCGAUGCCGCACUUCCUGGACUGGUUCGUGCCCGUCUACCUGGUCAUCUCUGUCCUCGUCCUGGUGGGCUUCGGCGCCUGCAUCUACUACUUCGAGCCUGGCCUGCAGGAGGCACACAAGUGGCGUAUGCAGCGCCCCGUGGUGGACCGUGACCUCCGCAAGACACUGAUGGUCCGUGACAACCUGGCCUUCGGAGGCCCAGAGGUCUGAACUGAAGGCUCUGGGCUGGGGGUUGGGCGCCGGGCACCCUCUCCAGCCCCACCUGGCUUGGAGACCUCUGGGCCUCCAGGCCGUCCCUCCCAGCAGACGUCUCUGCCUGUGGGGCAGACCCUGCCUGUGGAAAGAUGAGGCACCUGGGUGCUUUGAGGUGUUGCUGCCGCUGGCCCAGGGCUGGCUCCCCACAUCAGGCUGGCUCACCCUGUGCCCACCUUCCCCAGCCCUUGGGACAUCCCCCACUGGCCCCCAGUGCCUCUGUGCUGCCUAGCACUCCUGUCCCUUCCUCCACUUGGAGUCCUGAGCCUCCAGGUCUCCCAUUUUCCCACUCAGUCCCCAGUUACACUCAGAUCCCUACUCCACCCAAAAGCACUGACCCCACAGCUCCCGGUGGCCGGCUUCCAAGCUGACCCAAGGAAAGGGUCCCGUCUGGAGGGGGGUCAGCUUGGUCCAGAGCAGCCCCACAGCCCUGGGCUCAGACUUGGCAUUGGUGUGUGUGGAGGGCUGAUAGAGGGGCAAGACCAUGGGGAAGGAGGCAUGUGUAUGAAAGAGAGAGAGAGAAAGCGAGUCUUGGGAAAGUGGGCACACAAGUGGAGGGGAGGAGAUGUAUGUGUGAGAGGGGACACGGGGGUCCCAGGCAGGAGGUAUGGGGGUGGGGUGAGCUCCGUGGACAGUCUGGGGGUCACCCACGGCAGCUCCCGCCCCCUCCCUCUGCCCUUUCUCCCGAGACAGGUCUCCCAGUCCCGCACCCCCCCACCCUGAACACACCUCCUGUGUGGGGGAGCAUUGUUGCCUCCUUGUGGACACAGAUCGGCAACCUGCCUCACUCUCUCCCUUUUAA